AUGAGAGCUGCCAGUGUCCUCUGUGGUCAGCUGAAUUGUGGGAGUGCUGUGUCUGUGCUGGGGUCAGACUGGUUUGGGGAGGGGAGUGGCCAGAUCUGGGCUGAUGUGUUUGAUUGUCAGGGGAACGAAACACACCUGUCAAAAUGUCCCAUUUCAUCAUGGAGUCGAACUGCAUGCUCUCAUGAACAGGAUGCUGGAGUCAUCUGCAAUGGUUCCUCUCUGGCAUUUUAUGAGGGGAGGGUGCAGUUGUCUGGAGGGAUGGAGUGUGAGGGGGAGGUGGAGGUGUACUUCAGGCAGGACUGGAGGAGAGUUCUGCUGGACUACUGGAGUGAGUCUGUGGCCUCUGUCGUCUGCAGACAGCUGGACUGUGGCUCUGUGAUCAGCUUCUCCAGCUCCUCUACAUCCAGUCCUGAACACAGUCACAUGUGUGUGACGGGUUUCAAUUGUUCUGGAAGUGAAGCACAUCUGGGGAACUGCAGCAGCGCUCAAGCAGUCAACUGUAGCUCCAGAGAACAGCUCUCAAUCUCCUGCUCUGGUAAGCUUAAUCCAGCUCAUAGCUCCAUCAGGCUGGUUGGUUCUGGGGGAGACUGUGCAGGAAGGCUGGAGGUUUUCCACAGUGGCUCAUGGGGGACAGUGACUGAUGACUUGUGGAAUAUUAAGGAUGCACAGGUGGUGUGCAGACAGCUGCAGUGUGGAGUGGCCCUCAGUGCUCUGGUACCAGCUCAAUUUGGACCUGGAACUGGACCCAUAUGGAUGAAUGAGGUGGAGUGUGAGGGGAGUGAGACGUCCCUGUGGAACUGCACAUUUCAGCUGUGUGGAGAGGAUGAAUGUGGACACAAGGACGACGUAGGAGUCGUGUGCUCAGAGUUUAAAGAGAUCAGACUCACUGAGGGCUGUCAGGGGAAUCUAGAAGUGUUCUAUAAUGGAUCCUGGGGUAAUGUGUGUGUAAAUGGGAUGGAUAAAGAAACUGCAAGAUUAAUUUGUCAAGAGCUGAACUGUGGAAGAUCUGUCAGUGAGUCCUGGUCCAAAGCAAGAGUGGAAUCAGCUCCUAACUGGCUGGAUGAUCUGAAAUGUAGGAAACAUGACUCCACUCUGUGGCAAUGUCCAUCUUCACCCUGGAGACAGAACAAAUGUGACAAUAGCAACGAGGUGGCUCACAUUGCUUGCUCAGAAAAGGAAAGUGAUCAUGUGUUACAGCAUAUGAAAUGCUAUUCAUCCCUUCAUCACAGACAGUGUUCAAAUCACCUUCCACUCAGAUUGAUGGGAGGAAAUGGAAGCUGCUCUGGGAGGCUGGAGAUGUAUCACAAUGCUGAAUGGGGGUCUGUCUGUGAUAAUCAGUGGGACAUCAGGGAUGCUCAGGUGGUCUGCAGGCAGCUGGGCUGUGGGCCGGCGCUGAGUGCUGAUGGGAGUGCUGUCUUUGGUGCUGGUGAAGGGCCUAUCUGGCUGAACAGAGUGAAGUGUAGAGGGAAUGAGAUUCACCUGUGGGACUGUCCUCAUUCCCUGAAGAACCACUCUGACUGCUUCCACAGGCAGGAUGCUGGAGUCACCUGUGCAGAAAGGAAUGGGCCCUCCAUUAUUACUCUCACAAAAGCUGCUGCAUCCAUCACCACUGUGCAUCAGACAUCAAAGAGGACAGUCACUCCUCCAGCUGUUCCAUUCAUCUAUGCAGUGUCUCUCCUGGUUCUGGGAGUGCUGCUCUUCCUGGCCUUAGUGCUUCUGGUUGUGCUGUUUUACCAGAACAGAGUGCUCAGGAGAGGGCUCUCUAAGAGGAUGGAGAACAUAGUCUAUGAAGGCCUGAGAAGAGGGCACGAGGGAGUCUGUGAAGGCUUGAGUAGGGGCACUGAGAGAGUCUAUGAAGAGAUUGACUGCAGACUCAAUAAUGAAAGAGCCACUCAAAAUGGAAGUAUCCUCUCUGAAGAACAGCAUUCAGGAUAUGAGAAUGUGGAUGAGGAACUUCUCUCAGGAAGUAUCCUCUCCGAGGCACAGCAUUCGGGAUGUGAGAAUGUGGAUGAGGAGCUUCUCUCAGAAAAGUCUGUGACUGUAGUAAAAGCAGAUUAUGAUGACGUCACCACCAGUGGUUUGAUAAGUGAAUCAGCAAAAGAGGACACAGCAGAGAGCUAUGAUGAUGUCAUCACUGCUGGACAGAUCUAUGAUCAUGUAGCAGAGGACGUAGCAGAUAUGUAUGAUGAUGUCAUCACUGCUGAUCAGAUCUCAGCUGUUGUAACAGAAGACAUGACAGAUAACUAUGAUGAUGCUGUUACCGCUGGACCAAACUCCAACAUUGAUAGAUUACUAUGACUUGUAGAAGGAGGCUUAGAUGGAGAUGAAUCAUGUGAACAAGAGGAGAGCACACACCUAGACACACCUAGUGUCCUUCGAGCACAAGAAAUGAUCACAAUUCAGUAUAUUUUACUGAGCAUAAAUACUGCUGAUUAUAGCUUCACACAUCAUAAACAGAACAUGGGAUUUGACACCUGGAUGAUUAUGUAUGUAUUUAUUCAUAUUCAUAGAAGCAUUUUGUUAAAAAAAAGUGCACUUUUUUUAAAUGAGCUGCUAAUUUAACCAACUGAAUGUGUUUGAAAAAGAAAGUUUCAAUUAUCAAUGUUGACACUGAAAGUCAAGCAGCUCCUUAUAACUGUUUACAGAGCAAUUCUAAAGCAUAAUUAUUCACUUAAUAAUACAGUACAGUGUAAGAAAGGGUGUCUGGUAUUUGUCUUUUUGCAAGCCCCAAUGGUUGUGAAAUUAUUAUGCUAAUAAUUUUGUAUUAUUAUUAGAAUCUAU